GUAGGGCUCCCUUCCCUUGCCUGUGACAAUAGCCAGGCAGAGAGAGGGCUGGAGUAUUCACACACACAUACACAUACGCUGCUAGAGGAGAGAGCAGAGGAGAGGGUGUCUGCCUACCUGCUGUAAUAAACUGAGCUCAUAGGGACGGCUACACGCACUUACAACAAAGGCCAGGACUGUCUGGGUAUCUGGAUGCUGUAAUCUCUAGACUAGACACACUGUUGUUCUUCACUGAAGACAGACUGUGAAGAAACCAAAGAGGCUGUGUGUUUGGGAUGGAGCCAAUGACCAGGAGGCUAAACUGAAGGAGAACAAGGCCACCGAGAUUGGAUUCAAAUGGGGGCCAGUUUCCCAGAGCCUCUCUCUGCAGUAUGGUGGCUCAUACUGCACCCAUGCCGGAUGUGAAGGCCCCUCCGCCAUGUGAUUACCCCUCAGUGGGCUGCUCCCCCGGCCACGGCCCUGCGGGCUACUCCUGCACCGCUGGUAUCACCAUGGACCUGGAGCCCUGCCUCAGCCUCACCGACCUGCCCCUUCCCCAACCCCUUUCUGGCUUCAGAGGCCACAGUGUACCCCCCUACCCUCCUUACCCAGGCCAGUGCCCCGUCAUGCCCCGGUGUAACAGCAGUGCCCUGUUGACUAAUCUUGGCCUUCGUUACUGCUCCACCAACAGUGUGCAGCACCCACCCAGGGGGCCUGACUCUGGGCUGGGGUUAGGGUCAGGGUUAGGCCUGGAGCCGGACCACGCAGGGCCCUGUGUGAACAUUAACCCAGACAGCGGGACUAGACUCUACCGCAGCAUGGAGAACCUGAACUGGAGUAAUUCUGUGUCUGAACCAGGCCUCUACUCCUCCCCCUAUAGCGCCCCCCACAGGGGCAGUAUGGACAGUGAGUUCAUUUUCCGCUGCACUGCCACCAGCCACUGGUACGAUGGGCCCCCGGUGGGGACAGGGCCCCAGGGCUACAGUCCUGAGACCCUUGCCUUCUACCCCAAUGCUCGUCUGGGGGGAGGUCUGGGGGGUCUGGGGAGGAAGGAGCUGCCCCUCCUCCCCCAGUGGCUGUUCCCCAGUGUGGAUGACUGGGGGGUGAACGCUACCACCACCGCCAGGAAGGGGUUAAGGGAGAAGCUCCGCCUCCAGAGUGCCCGGGCAGCAGCAGAACCCCUAAAGCCUCUUCGACCGCAGAUAACCCCAGGCAGUACCACUCCCAUCCUGGGGGGGUGCUCAGAGAGGGACUCAUCGCCCUACCAGGGGUACGUGGGGAAACCCCUGUGUGUCCGGCGCAUCACCAGCCCUGAGGAAAUCAAGAAAGAGGUUCUGAGACGCCUGCAGCUCCGCCGGCAGAACAGCACCCCAAACCUGACCCUCCGCGCCUCCUCUGAGACCCCUCAGACCCUGGACAUGACCAAGUCCUACACCACCGAGUCCAUCUCUGUGGCUGGGAGUUGUGCAGAGAUAAUAGCCGAACGCAAGAAACUCCCCAUGGGCCGCCUGCACAUCCCCACCUUUGAGGAGUUUAAGAGAAUGAGGCAGAGAGAGGGAGAGGGUGGACAGACAGAGAGCCAGGGUAAUGUCACUACAGUAACAGCUUCAAUAGACCAACAGCCAGAGCUUGGUACUGGCAGUCAGACCCCAGGGACGGGCAGAGACUGUAAGACUCAGACAGCUCUAUUGGGAAGGAGAGACUCUCAGUCUCCCACUGUGGGACUGAAGGAGGAGGAGAGGGAGAGCAGUGAGAGGAUAGGCAGUGGAGAGAUAGAAGAGAUGGGGAGCUGUGAGGGGACAAGGAGUGGAGAGGCCAGGCAGAGUGACAGCUCCCCUGGGGCUCCACCACCCUGUCAUCCAGACUUAAGAGCAGAGGAGAGGGUGAUGGUGGUUGCGCCAGCUCCCACAGCCAGUGCUACUAACUCAGCCACUCUCAUCUUAACCGGACCCACUCCCCAGCCAACAAGCAGCAUUCAGACCACAGUCUCUACCAUGGCUAUAUGUACCGGCCCUACUCCCCGCUCUCCCCUCCAGCCCUCCAGUCAGACGCAGGGGGAGGGGACUAUGGACCAUGCCCAGGCCCAAGUCAGCAGCCCCAGUGUGGAGAUCAGUGUGCCGGGGGCCUCCUUAGUCCCCUUCCCUCCUCCACGCAGGGAGAGUGCAGAGGGCCCCUCCAGCUGCUGCCCAGCCCUGCUCCUGGACAGGACUGACCUCUCCAGCUACGGAGCCAAGAUCUACAAGAUGAAGGAUGGCUUUAUCGGAUCAGCCCUGGACCUCAUCAAGAAGAGCUGCAGUGCAGAGAUUGCAGCGGCGGAGGCCCCCGUCAGGCUGUCAGGUGACCAGGACGAAAGCACUGACAUCACCGCUCCCCCACCGGACUGUCACUCCUCUGCUGUUUCCAUGACAACCACGACGGCCUGCGGAGCGGAGUCUUGCGACAAGCCUGUAGCAGGAGGAGCAGGAGGAGAGGAACUAGCUGCAGAAUGUCUUAACUCUGGCCUGGGCUGCAGGCGCUCCAGCUCAGACGCAGCCUAUGAGCCGGCUGAGUCGGUGAGGGCCCAGCGCGAGGUCCGCCUCCGGCCCCACUACAGCGACCCCAUGCCGGCCGAUGCAACCAAGCGCAAACAGCUGGAGAUGAAGAUCGCUGCAGCUGCAUGCCUCCACAGCCAGCGUCGGGACAGGGACAGUGCACCUGCCUCGGUGCGGGUGCGCUCUGAGCCCCGCGGUGAGGAGCGUCUUGGGGUUCUGGGCGUGACAAGGGCUGGGCAUAACCGCUGGAGCACCGUGAGCAGCCUCAGUGCCGACAGCGGCGUGGUGGGCCUGUGUGAUGACCGCGACGAAGACGAAGAUACCCGGAGAAUACACAGCAGCGGAGGGGCAGAGGUAGAACGGGUGGACAGCGGGAUUGGACCCUGUCUGGCUCGCGGCUGGAAGAGACCCUCUAACUCCCUUCGGGCCUGGGAGGCCCAAAGACCCUGCCCAGACUGUGGCCAGAGAGACGGGCACGGGGUGGCCCGGACGGACGGGGAGGGUACCGGUAUGUGUGAGCGCUGCUCCAAGCUGAGGACAGAGAGGAAGGAAGCCAUCUUGGAGUUCCUGAACACAGAGUCAAGCUACGGGGAGGACCUGAGGAUCAUCAAGGAGGAGUUCUACGGUCCCAUGCAGAGCGCCGGGCUGCUGACCUCAGAACAGCUGACUGUGGUGUUCAGCAACGUUCAGGAGCUCAUAGACGUCAACGAACGCUUCACUGAACAUCUGCAGGACAGCAUCGAUCAGGCCUUUGACCAGGGAGAUGAGGACCUCCUAACAGUGUGCAUUGGAGAGAUUUUCCUGGAGUUUGUCAACAUGCUGCCAGCCUUCCAGACAUACUGCCUGCAGCAGUCCACUUCUGUCAACAUGCUCAACACCUUGGAGAAGGAGAAGGAACUGCUCAGGAUCUUCCUGGAUGUCUCCCAGAAUGACAAUACAGCCCUGCGGCGUAUGAACCUGCGGUCAUUCCUCAUGGCUCCCCUCCAGAGGGUCACCAAGUACCCCCUCCUGCUGAGCCGCAUCAGCAAGGCCACCACAGAGUGCCACCCGGACCACGCCCGCCUCCGAGAGGCCAAGAGCCGCGUGGAGUCACACCUGGAGCACAUCAACAUGAAGACCAAGCAGGAAGGAACACUCACCUGGUCGCUGCGUUCCUUUCGCCGCGACAGCCGCAAGAACCGCGAGGUCAUCAACAUUGAGAUGCGGGAGAUGUCCAUGAAGACGGUGGGCUGGGCCAGGGAGAACACACGCUUUGUCAUGGAGGGGCCCCUGCAGCUUUCCCAGCCCGCAGACGGACAGUGGGUAAAGAAGGGCAGUAAAGGCCUCAAGUUCCAGAAUGUCCAGAGCCUGCUGAUGGUGCGUACACAGCGUCCUGGGGAGGGGCUGUCUCCGACAGAUGGCGGGGCUAAGGUGGAGCAGCAGGAGCACGGUGUCUGGGAUGGUGUGCUGGUGCUCAUCAAAGACAAGAGCAGCGGCAAGUUCACUGUGCUCAGGGAGCCCAUCUGCCUGGCCAACUGUGUAGUGUCGGCCGACCCUGACUGUGAGGACACCUUUGAGGUGCUGGAUAUACGGAAGGAGGCCUUUGUUUUCAGGGCAUCUGACAAAUCCCGCACGCAGCAGUGGUUCCGGCAGAUCAAGAGGUAUACCCGUGACCUGGGACCAUGGAGGAAGAGGCGUAACGCGCUCCCCAAUAUCAUGAUAAACACAAACCAGGGCAGGUCCUGAGACCGAACGCUGAGGAACACCGUUUUACUCUUUGGCGGUAUACCAGUGUAAAUAGAUGUACUACUCCUGCAAAAACAAAUGAUCAUGCUUCUGGUGGACCAAUUGUUUCUGAAGUUUUAGGAUGGGGUUUGUCUGAGGCUUGUGAGGUUCCAUGUUAUGAUGAGGAUAACACUUUUUUUCUUAGAAAAACUACAAGUGCACCAUAUUGUAACGAAAUGUAUGAAGAUAUACACUGAACAAAAAUAUAAAAGCAACGUGCUACAAUUUCAAAGAUUUUACAGUUCACAUAAGGAAAUCAGUCAAUUGAAAUAAAUUCAUUAGGCCCUCAUCUAUGGAUUUCACAUGACUGAGAAUACAGACAUGCAUCUGUUGGUCAAAGAUACCUUUAAAAAAAAGGUAGGGGCAUGGAUCAGAAAACCAGUAUCUGAUGUGACCACCAUUUGCCUCAUGCAAAGCGACACAUCUCCUUCGCAUAGAGUUGAUCAGGCUGUUGAUUGUGGCCUGUGGAAUGUUGUCCCACUCCUCUUCAAUGGCUGUGCAAAGUUGCUGGAUAUUGGCAGGAACUGGAACACGCUGUCGUACACAUUGAUCCAUAACAUCCCAAACAUGCUCAAUGGGUGACAUGUCUGGUGAGUAUGCAUGCCAUGGAAGAACUGGUACAUUUUCAGCUGAAUUGUGUACAGAUCCUUGCGACUUGGGGCCAUGCAUUAUCAUGCUGAAACAUGAGGUGAUGGCGGGGGAUGAAUGGCACGACAAUGGGCCUCAGGAUCUCGUAAUAGUAUGUCUGUGUAUUCAAAUUGCCAUCGAUAAAAUGCAAUUGUGUUCGUUGUCCGUAGCUUAUGCCUGCCCAUACCCAUAACCCCACCUCCACAAUAGGGCACUCUGUUCACAACGUUGACAUCAGCAAACCGCUCUCUCACACGUCUGCCAUCUGCCCGGUACAGUUGAGACCUGGAUUAAUCUGUGAAGAGCAUACUUCUCCAGCGUGCCAGUGUCCAUCAAAGGUGAGCAUUUGCCUACUGAAGUCAGUUACGACGCCAAACUGCAGUCAGGUCAAGACCCUGGUGUGGACAAGCACACAAAUGAGCUUCCCUGAGACAGUUUUUGACCGUUUGUGCAGAAUUUCUUUAGUUGUCCAAAGCCACAGUUUCAUCAGCUGUCCUGGUGGCUGGUCUCUGAUGAUUCCGCAGGUGAAGAAGCCGGAUGUGGAGGUCCCGGGCUGGUGUGGUUACACGUGGUCUGUGGUUGUGAUACUUCCAGCUUAUGGUAGAGAAAUUAACAUUAAAUUCUCCAGCAACAGCUAUGGUGGACAUUCCUGCAGUCAGAAUGCCAACUGUAUGUUCCCUCAAAACUUGAGACAUCUGUUGCAUUGUGUUGUGUGACAAAACUGCACAUUUUAGAGUGGCCUUUUACUGUCCCCAGCACAAGGUGCACCUGUGUAAUUAUUAUGCUGUUUAAUCAGCUUCUUGAUAUGUCAAACCUGUCAGGUGGAUGGAUUAUCUUGGCAAAGGAGAAGUGCUCACCAACAUGGAUGUAAACAGAUUUGUGGCAAGAAUUUGAGAGAAAUAAGCAUUUUGUGCGUAUGGAAAUUAUUUUGAAUAUUUUACUUGAGCUCAUGAAACAUUGGACCAACACUUUACAUGUUGAGUUUAUAUUUUUGUUCAGUGUAGUUUUUAGCUUCUGUCAAAAAACGAUCAGCCACUUGGAUGACCAAAAAAGACACUUGGUUGGUUGGGAACACUGCCGGCCUUGAUUGUCAAAAUGGUUUGCUCUUAAAGAAAGAUAGAUAAUUGUUUUCAGUAUACUGACUAACAAGGUGUCUGCGUUGAAAAGCAUGGUUGAAGUUGAAGAUUGAAAAAACAUGAAAAGGUUUACUCUGUAGUAUUCAUGAAAAUGCACAAAUGAGUGAAAACAAUGUUAAGUUAUACAAUGGGGACUUGGACUACAGCUUAGUAAAAAAGACAGGAACUUUAUUUUUUUGUUUACCUGACCAAGGUAAGUCAAAAGCACUGGGUUCUUCCCUCUUUUUUUUACCUUCUGUGUCAGGAGCACUGUCCACGGCCAGGAGAGAAGAGCAGCUAUACGGCAUCCAAAUAAGAAAGUCACUCAGAAAGUCACUCAAAACUCCCUACAACCCCAUGAGACUUCCUACAGUACUAUGGAUGCCAGGGAGACCGUGUCUUUCAGGCACAUUGGGUGGACGUACUUAUAUCACUGGGCUGGGUUCAAGUCACAAAGCAGCAAUAAUUUGUGCAAUUUUAGCUAUUUAGUUUUGUUUCUUCACAUCUGAUCAGACUGUAAUUGGUGUAAAUCGAGAGCUUAUUAUACCACCUAUGAGUGUCAGUGAUAUUAAAGACACAAAUGAGCCACAGAGGUUACCCUAGAAUAAUGUGCACUUGAACUUCAACCCUAGGCCUGGUUUUGCCCCAACCAGUAUUUUCCAACUGCUUAUUCACACUCGAAAAAGCCUUUACCUGUAACUGAAUGUGGUAGUAGAGCAUGGCCAAAGUGGAGGUGGAAAGGCCUCAAACACUGGUUGGUCAACCUGGACCAUGAGUUUAGUAGCUAAAGCAAACAGUAGCUCCACUCAAAUGUCCCCACAGUGCUCCGUUCCACGACAAGCAGAUGGGGAAAUUAUGAGCUUUUGUGCCUUGUGUAUUUAUUUCACUCUAAAUUAACAAAAAGUAUUUUUUGUUGUUGUCAGUCACAGUAACAUUGAUAAAACGUUGAGUAUCUGGAAAUGGUCACCGAGUCAGACAGCCCUCUGCCCCUAGGUAGCAAAAGUGACAUAUAGCCUGGUUAUACCGUCUGAACACUGCAUUUACCAAUCUGGAUGCCAGACUAGACCUUACAGGCAAUACUUAUUACUCAAUCUGGCUACUAGUGUUACUACAUUAUUACGUCAUAGUUUACCUGAGCUCUUAUCUCAAGUGUGACUUCCCUACUUCUAACAUGUGUUUUUGUGUCUGCUGUUUCUAAAUCUAAAGGCCCUUCUUUCUGUUUGAUGCACUUUAUAAUUAAGACUACAAACUAGAUCCAGAGAAUGGUGCGACUGUCACUCUCCAACAACGCUAUCUGCAGUUCAUGAAUUCAAAAAGCUUUAUUCUGUCUGUUGUAUGGUUUAUUUACAGAACUCUUUAUGUUAGAGAAAUGUAUAAGACCACAGCUGACUACACACAGCAGGUCAAGGCAAUACUUAUCAUCUAAAUCUAACCUACGUAUACUGUUCAGUCUGAUUAGGUCUAGUCCAGGAGUAGCACAUGUCAAUGAGGUAGUGAAUCUACUUUGGGGCAGAGAAUGGUGUACAGAGUAGACUACUGCCUGUCUCUUACUGUUCAUCACCUUCCAAUGGCGUUACCCUGUUACAAUCAUAGGAUUAGAAUAUCGUUCUAUUUCUAGAAUCCCAAUCUAUUACUAUGGUUAGAAUUCUUUCAGCUUCCAUCUUGUUCCACUAAAUGAUUACUACCGUGCAGAAUAUGAAAAGACUGAUGCUGUGUAACAGUUUGAAAAUGCCCUUUUCAAUAUCCUAGACCUGCUGAACUGUCAAAUGUUUUCCUCUGUAUUUUAAAGACCUAAUGUAAUAUUUCCUUUAUGUAAGAUAUUGUGAAUUAUAUUAAAAAAUGACAUGUU